GCACACGCACACACCAGUGUCAAAACAGUCCAUUCGGUCUGCACACCCACAACCUGUAGAAUAGAAAACACACGGAUACACACACACACACACGAUUGGAAAGUCUGCAGAAGACCACAGUCUCUCGAGGACUGCAUGUUUCGAACCGCUUCUGUGUCGAGCGACGUGAAGCCAGACCAGGGGCUAAUGCGUUCGUCACUGAACCAGAGAGAAUGUAUCGAACGACGUGUCUUGUGUGAUCUCGCUGUGUGUCAGGCGACAAAUGUGUUAAAAAAAACCUCACUAUUACGCAAAUGAGCUUUGAUGAAGUGAGCUCGCCUUUAGAAAGACUACGUUCUCAGGUCCGGGAAGGCUGAAGCGUAUUGCGCAUCAAAGUGGGAUCCGCGAGGAGGUGGACCUAGCCUAUCUUCCAAGCAGGGUGUGGACUGGGCUACGCUCCAGGCCGGGCCCCAGACCCCAGUGUGGAGUGAUGAAGCCAGCCCCGUCCUGGAGCUGCAGAGCUGGGCCGCGCACCGCGAGGAGAGCAGCCCCCGCCGACGCCACGGAGACGGGCAAGAUGUAACUCGUGGAUUUUCCAACAACUGGAAAAAAAGGAACAGCAUCUGUUAAUCCCUGAACAAAAAACAACAACUACUAACAAACUAACAAGGAUUAAAACCCAGCGAAGCUCUUCAGAACAUGAGCCACUGACCCGGCGCUGCUGAGGAUGGAGAUCGUCUGAGAGAGCAACUCUCCUUCCACUCGCCUGGAACCAUCUAGAAGCCCCCCCCUCUCCUGGAGCGACGCACGGGACAUGUCCCAGUUGCCAUGCGCAUCGCCACGGUGACCAGCCUUCCCUGCCCCUCCCCCCUCCUCCUAUUGGCUCAGCUGCUCCUCUGGCUCCUCCUCCUCAACCCUGAGGGCAUGGAGGCGGCCUCGCCCUGCCCCGGUCACUGCACCUGCUCCAACCAGGCCAGCAGGGUCAUCUGCACCAGACAGAACCUGGACCAGGUGCCCGAGAGCAUCUCCAUCAACACACGAUACCUCAACCUGCAGGAGAACUCCAUCCAGGUCAUCAAGUCGGACACCUUCAAGCACCUGCGACACCUGGAGAUCCUGCAGCUGUCCAAGAACCACAUCCGGCAGAUCGAGGUGGGGGCGUUCAAUGGCCUCCCCAACCUCAACACCCUGGAGCUGUUCGACAACCGCCUCACCAUGGUCCCCACGCAGGCCUUCGAGUACCUCAGCAAGCUAAGGGAGCUAUGGCUACGGAACAACCCCAUCGAGACGCUGCCGGGCUACGCCUUCAACCGCGUUCCCUCGCUGCGGCGCCUGGACCUGGGCGAGCUCCGGAAGCUCAGCUUCAUCUCCGAGGCGGCCUUCGUGGGGCUGCUCAACCUGCGCUACCUGAACCUGGGCAUGUGCGGGCUGAAGGACAUCCCUCACCUCACCGCCCUGGUGCGCCUGGAGGAGCUGGAGCUGUCGGGGAACCGCCUGGAGAUCAUCCGCCCCGGCUCCUUCCAGGGCCUGGUGUCGCUGCGCAAGCUGUGGCUCAUGCACUCGCAGGUGUCCGUCAUUGAGCGCAACGCCUUUGACGACCUGAAGAACCUGGAGGAGCUCAACCUGUCCCACAACUCCCUGCACUCGCUGCCUCAUGACCUGUUCACCCCGCUGCACCUCCUGGAGAGGGUCCACCUCAACCACAACCCCUGGGUGUGCAACUGCGACGUGCUGUGGCUCAGCUGGUGGCUGAAGGAGACGGUGCCCAGCAACACCACCUGCUGCGCCCGCUGCCACGCCCCGCCGGGCCUGAAGGGGAAGUACAUCGGCGAGCUGGACCAGAGCCACUUCACCUGCUACGCCCCGGUCAUCGUGGAGCCGCCCACCGACCUCAACGUGACCGAGGGCAUGGCGGCUGAGCUGAAGUGCCGCACGGGGACGUCCAUGACGUCGGUGAACUGGAUCACGCCCAACGGCACCCUGAUGACGCACGGCUCGUACCGGGUCCGGAUCUCCGUCCUGCACGACGGCACGCUCAACUUCACCAACGUCACGCUGCGCGACACGGGCCAGUACACCUGCAUGGUGACCAACUCGGCCGGCAACACCACGGCCACCGCUGUGCUGAACGUCACCGCCGCCGACGUCAGCGUCAACUACACCUACUUCACCACCGUCACCGUGGAGACCUCCGAGUCCACGGGGGAGGAGGAUUCGGCGCUGAGGGCCAUCAACGCCACCUUCAUCCGCAUCCCCGCCCCCACCCCCUCCGGGCACCUGUGGCAGGGGGGCCUCCCCACCACCGCCUCCUCCCUGGCGGGGGGCUGGUCGCCCGCCUCCCCCCGGGCCACCAGGCCCACCUUCACCGUGUCCGUCACCGAGCCGGGGUACUCCGGCCUGGACGACGUGAUGAAGACCACCAAGAUCAUCAUCGGCUGCUUCGUGGCCAUCACCUUCAUGGCGGCGGUAAUGCUGGUGGUCUUCUACAAGCUGCGCAAGCAGCACCAGCUGCACAAGCACCACGGGCCUGCCCGCGCCAUCGAGAUCAUCAACGUGGAGGACGAGCUGGGGGGCGGGGGGCGCGGCGGCGGGGGCGGCGGGGGCCUCUCAGGGGGCUCCAGCGUGCAGCAGGGGGGCGGGGGGGUGGGAGGGGGGCAGAGCAUGAGGCUGCACCACCCUGAGAUCGUCAACCUGCCCAACCUGGCGCGGGCGGAGCACCUCAAUCACUACUACAAGGCCCACCACUUCAACAAUAACAUCAUGGGCCUGGGUCUGGGCUCUGGCCUGGGCCUCAACAACAACAACAACCCCUCGCCCUGCUCCCUGGGGCCGAGCACGCCCCUCUCCUGCUCUCAGGGACCCCCCUCCGCCGGCGGGGCCACGCCCACGGCCGGCUCCCUGCCCUCCCCUGUCCCCCUGCCCCAGACAGGUCUUCACAGCUCCCUGAAGGGCCUGAUGGGGAAGAACCCUCAGAUCCAGCCGCUGCUUUUCAAAAACGGCUCAAAGGAGAACGUGCAAGAGACUCAGAUCUGAGAGAGACCGAGAGAGAUGGGGGUUUGUUUAGAAGGAGAGGGAGAUAGAGAGAGAGAGGUUUGUUUAGAAGGAGAGGGAGAUACAGAGAACAAGAGAGAGAGGUUUGUUUAGAGGGAGAGGGAGAUAGAAUGAGAUGAGGCUGUACUGUCCUCCUGGCCAGAUGUGUGAUUGGAAAGGUGCUGUCUUGGUGAUGUCAGCAGCAGUGAGAAACUGAGGAGGCACCAGAGAGACAGGAGAAAGUGUCAGACCUCAACAGCAUCUGCUCAGCACCCUGCGCUAGCAUCCUCCCAGACGUCACCUGGCACACACACUCACACACACGCCCACACACACACACACGCCCACAGACAAACCACAUACUGUACUAACACAUCACAUCGUAUUUUGAGAUUGACUGCUUCACGUGCCAAAUCCUCCUCAGAUCUGUGGCAAAGUCCAAAAGCUCUUUCAACAGUAUUGACAUCAACAGCCACAAUCAGCUGCAAGGUACGAACACAUACAGACUGUCAGGCUCACUUUGUUUACUCAGCUUACACAGCUCUCCUCGUAUAAUUAGCUGACACGAUCAAGAAUCAAUAUGUACAGUAUGUAUAAAUAGAAGGAAAUCGGAAGAGCUCUUUUGAUGUAGUCAGGGUUGAAGACAAGUCCUGAAGUACUGCAGGGAUGAUGCUACCAGUACUGCUACGACAGCACUACUAAUACUACUGCUCCAGUACUACUAAUACUACUGCUACUACAGUACUACUAAUACUACUGCUGUUCUGCUGCUGCUGUGAAGGCUUGCUCAUCAGAACAGAACAGGGAACCGAAGCCACUGUUGAGCAGAACUCAGCGCUGUGUC